CUGCUGGGGGCGGGCCCGGCGCAGCCCGAGGAGCAGAGAAGGGGCCGGGAACAUGGUACCGCUGAGAGACUGCAAGGCCUGGCAGGAUGCUGGACUUGUCCUAUCCACCACUAGUAAUGAGGCCUGCAAACUGUUUGAUGCUACGCUGACUCAGUAUGUCACAUGGACCAAUGAUAAGAGUCUAGGAGGCAUUGAAGGAUGUCUCUCCAAGUUACUAGCAGCAGAUCCAACUUUUACGAUGGGACACGUGAUUGCUAAUGGCUUGGUUCUGAUUGGCACUGGAACUUCAGUGAGGUUAGACAAAAAGCUGGACAGUGCGAUGAACAAGAUGAUGGCACUUUCAGAAUCGCAACCACUGACUGAGAGGGAGAAGCUACACGUUUCUGCACUUGACAUGUUUGCCAGUGGGCGUUUUCCCAAAGCUUGUGAUGUAUGGGAUCAAAUUCUACGGGACCAUCCAACGGACAUACUAGCGCUCAAAUUUGCCCAGGCCACUUACUUUUACAUGGGAUGUCACACUCAGAUGCGAGACUCUGUGGCCCGUGUUUAUCCUUACUGGACACCUGAUAUUCCUCUUAGUAGCUAUGUGAAAGGCAUAUACUCCUUUGGACUGAUGGAAACUAAUUAUUUUGAUCGUGCUGAAAAGCUCGCUAAUGAGGCCUUAGCUAUAAACCAGUCAGAUGCAUGGUCUGUCCAUACUAUAGCACACAUAAAUGAAAUGAAAGCAGACCUGAAGAAUGGGUUGACAUUUAUGAAGCAAACUGAAAACAACUGGAAGGACUGUGACAUGCUUGCUUGCCAUAAUUACUGGCACUGGGCUUUGUAUUUUAUUGAAAAGGGUGACUAUGAGGCUGCUUUGACAAUUUAUGACAAUCAUAUUGCUCCUGCAUGCCUGUCAAACAGAAGUAUGUUAGCUGUGCUAGAUAACUGCUCCAUGCUGUACCGGCUUCAGUUGGAAGUUUAUUAUUUUCCUGCAACUACAAUAUUCCAUUCAACCAAAUUAAUAAAGGUCACAUUUUUCUUUUUUUUGGUAAGUUUCACUUCCCUUGUCCCCAGAGAUCUAAUUUUUUCAACCUAAUGUUAAAAGAUCAAAUGCAUAAGCUGUUAAAAAGCCAUUAACUUCUCUUUUAGUAAAUAUCAAGCCAACAUUAAUGUUUAGUUCUUAAUCUUGAUAUUGAUGAAAUAAGGAGUCAAUGUAGAUGUAGUACCAAUCAUUCCAACAGUUCCAUGGGACUAUGUAAACAGCCAUCCGGCUUUUCUUUAACUUUCUAACGCAAAGAUGAAGCGAGAGUUCCAGAAAAAAAAUGCUUACCUCCUAAGUUGUUUGUCACAGAUCCAAUCAAGCACCUCUUUUUGGUCAUUCAGGGUACAUUUACACAGGGAUAAAAAAUCCAAGGCUGGCUC